AUGGGUAAAAAGGGCAAGAAAACAGCCGAGCACAAGGAGCGUGUUGCAGCUAAGCAGACGAAGAAGUCUGCACAGAAAGAAAAAAGAUCAAAGGCCAAGGGCAAGGAUGCAGACAGUGACGCCGAAGAUGCGGACCUAGAUGCCAUCUUGGCCCAGUACGCUGAAGAACAGGCCAAAUUCUUGAAGGUCACGGAAGUCACCUCUGAGCCACCAGUUCCACGAUCGUCAGCCACUGUGCUAGCAUCCCCGUCCAACCGGAAUGAACUGUUCAUGUACGGUGGAGAGUACUUUGAUGGCACGCAUGCCACUUUCUUCAACAAUCUCUUCGUUUACUUGAUUGACCGUGGUGAAUGGAGAGAGGUGACGAGUCCCAACACUCCUUUGCCUCGAAGUGGACAUGCAUGGUGCCGUGGAGGAAAUUCCGGAGGCAUCUAUAUGUUUGGAGGAGAAUUUUCGUCGCCAAAGCAGGGCACUUUCUAUCACUACAACGAUUUCUGGCACCUAGACACCGCUACAAGAGAAUGGACCCGACUUGAGACCAAGGGCAAAGGACCGCCUGCUCGAAGCGGCCACCGCAUGACCUAUUACAAGAACUACAUCAUCCUGUUCGGUGGAUUCCAAGAUACUUCCCAACAGACCAAGUAUCUGCAAGAUCUGUGGAUCUACGACUGCAACCAGUACACCUGGUCUAACCCCUCGCCAUCUCUUUCCUCCCAGAAGCCCGAUCCCCGCUCAUCAUUCUCAUUCCUGCCACAUGAGACUGGUGCUGUGAUCUACGGUGGAUAUUCUCGAGUAAAAGCCAGCGCCGGUGGUGGCGGCAAGCAAGGCAAGGGUGGUCCCCAGAAGAUGGCUCUUCGACCCAUGGUUCAUCAGGAUACUUGGUUCCUGAGAAUCACACCCCCAGCAUCUGAAGCCCCCUCAUCAACGGGACCUACAGUCCGAUGGGAGCGUCGAAAGAAGCCUGCCAACACACCCAACCCACCACGAGUUGGCACUACCAUGGCAUACCACAAGGGUCGUGGUAUUAUGUUUGGUGGUGUCCAUGACGUGGAGUUGACCGAAGAGGGUAUUGACAGCGAGUUCUUUGAUACGCUAUUUGCCUGGAAUACCGACAGAAACAGAUUCUUCCCCUUGACUCUGCGACGCCCUCGCGCGCCUGGCAAGAAGCAGCAGGCAAACCAGAACGCCAAGGCCAAGAACAGAGGAAAGGCCGAUGAGGAGGAGCUCUUGGCUAACCUCAAAGCUUUGGAGGCUAAGGUUGGCAUUCGAAACGAUGACGAAGAUGAGGAAAUGCAGAGCACGCAGCCUGAGGAGCCGGCUGAGCCCGAGAAGCCAUCAGUUGUUCGCUUUGAGAUGCCCCACCGGCGAUUCAAUGCUCAGCUUGCGGUUCAGGAUGAUACACUCUUCAUCUUUGGUGGUACUUUCGAAAAGGGUGAUCGGGAGUUCACCUUUGACGACAUGUACUCCAUCGAUCUAGUCAAGAUGGAUGGCGUCAAAGAGAUCUUCUACCGUGAACCCGAGAACUGGAACCUGCUCAACGAGGCUGACGACAGUGAUGAAGACAUGGAAGAUGAGGAUGACGAUGAGAUGGACGAAGACGAGGAUGAGGCUGAUGCAGAAGCUAUGUCUGUUGAUGCCGCUUCGCCCGCUCCAACAGACACAACUGUGCCAUCUGUUACCAAGGAAAUGGAACAGCUUGAGGUCGAGGAGCCAGAAGAGCAAAAUGUCAAUGAUAGUCGACCUCUUCCUCGACCAUUUGAAAGUCUUCGCGAGUUCUUCAGUCGCACAUCUGAAGACUGGCAGAAUAUCAUGAUGGACAUUGCCAGGGAGAGAGACAACAUCAGCGAGAAAACAGUCAAGGAACUUCGCAAGGCUGCAUUCUCCGUUGCCGAAGAAAAAUGGUGGGAUAGCCGAGAGGAGAUCAUGGCUCUGGAAGAUGAGCAGGAGGCUGCGGGUAUUGGUGAGGUCGUCAGCAUGUCUGAUCGAACCGAGAACGUGGGAGGAGCUGGUCGUCGUCGUUGA